GCUGCUGCUGCUGCUGCUGAAGUCUCUGCCCAGCUGGACAUCUCUGCUGAGCUCAGGGAACUCAGAGACAUGGUAGGGGAGCUGAGGGUGACUCUGAGCUUCACUCGUGAUGAGCUACAGAACACCAAAUAUCUGCUGAACAAAAUAGAGGGUGAAAAUGAUGCAGUGAAACAAAGACUGGUGGCCAGCGAGACUAAAGUGGAGUCUCUGGAAAGGGUGACUUUAGCACAAGAGGCAGAAGUGGUGAAUCUGAGGAAGGAAGCUGCAGCACAGACAGCUGAUCUGGGGUCAGUUACUGAGAGAGUGGCAGUCACCGAGAAUGACAUGGAGCACGUGCAGAAAGACACUGCUGCAAAACACACAGACCUGACCACUAUGAAGACUGAGGUGGAGAACAUGAAGAUGGAACUGUCUGCCAGUGAGACUGAGGUGGAGAAACUGAAAUUGGAACAAGCAGCACAAGAGACAGAACUGGUAGUGCUGAAGACCAGACUUUCAUCCACUGAGACUGAAGUAGUCAAUCUGGAGAAAGAGAUCACAGAGAAACCCAAGGUGGCAUUCUCAGCAGGUCUGUACAACUCAGGAUACAUACAGGCUGAUAAUACUGAUCUGAACUUGGUCUUCACUAAAACCAUCACCAAUGUUGGACAGGCCUACAGCAACAUUACUGGCUUCUUCACAGCUCCAGUAAAAGGAGUCUACUACUUCAGAUUCACAGUCAUGGAUCUACUAUCCUCACGCUCGAUGACCAUCAGGAUGUAUAAGAAUGGAGAGCAGGUCAUGUGGUUGGGAGAGUAUGAUACCGAUGGAGCUCGCUCCUAUCUCUCCAGUGGUGUGACUCUGCAGCUGGAGGUGGGAGAUGAGAUUUAUAAGAAUCAAUUUCCCGACAUCAAACUGUCCGAGCGUCACAGGCAGUUCCUGUAG